CCGAAGAAGAACGGCUCAUUGGCGCGCAUGCGUUCCUCGAUGUAUGUCAAGGCACAAAGUGGCGCUAUAUCGUUUCAACCUCUACUCAGGUGGUAGCAGCCUAAAUGAUGGACGGGGAACACCAGGAAGAGAAUCCUUCACAUGAGAAAGAAAAUGCUCUACACAAUGAAGAGAAGACUUCAUGUGAUGUGGUGAAGACUUUAUGUGACAUGGAGAGAGCUUUAUGUGACAUAAAGAAGAGUGCUGAAGAGAGCAGUUCAAGUAAUGACGAGAACAGUUCAGAUGAUGAGGUAGGACAAAAACUGGAUUCAAAAGUCCCAAGUGGCUCAGAGCCUCUUCUAUCUAAUGCAGAACACCCCUGCGAUAAUAAUGAAUCUGAGCUGUUGCCCCAAAAAAUCUCCCGAGUUAAAAAACCUCAACGCAAGAAAUUCGCACCACGGAAAGGUACAAGGUCAAGCUUACGUUCUAGCACAAAAAUGACAGUCAGCACAUGUAGUAUGACAGAUGAUGGUAAAAGAAAAUGGAACAAAAAGCACUUCUGCCUGUAUUGCAAUGAACCACACCACAAAAUUUCAAGACAUUUAGAAAGGAUGCACGCAGAAGAAGCAGCUGUCGCUCAUGCUAUGAGCUUCCCCAAACUCUCCAAAAUCAGGUCUCUUUUGCUUGAUCAAAUCCGUAACAAAGGCAACUAUCAAGUUCUUCAAAGUGGAGAUGGUGAAAUUGUGACUAAGGAUAGACCCUCUUACGAUGGUGUUUCUGUGCGUGACUGCCUGCCCUGCCAACACUGCUUAGCUUUUUUCAACAAAAUAGAUUUAUGGAAGCAUGAGGUCUCAUGUAAAGCCAGAAAAGGACAAGAGGAAAAGAGGGGAGGAAAAAGAGUGCGGGUCCAGGCUGCGUCCUCUCGACUUCUUCCAUUGCCUGUCUAUUCUACUGGAGGAUGUGAAGAAAUAAUACACAAUAUGAAUCAAGAUGACAUCUUAUGCCACAUCAAAAAUGAUCCCCUGAUAUGUAAAUAUGGCAAUGCACUAUCUGCAAAGCAUGGCCAUGCCAAGUCACAGUUUACAUACAUUGGAUCAAAAAUGAGGGAAUUGGCUAGAUUUGUACUUACUGUAAAUGAGAUGGAUUGUGGUGUUCAAUAUCUGCAUGAAGUAUGUGUACCAUCCAAAUUCAAAUUGGCUGUUCAUGCUGCCAGGAAAAUGAGUGGUUUUGAUCCUGCCUCCGACAGGUACAAGACCCAAUCUCUUCCUUUAAAGAUUGGCUAUUCCUUGAAAAGAGCUACUGAAAUAGCUUUUGGAGAGAGUCGUAUGACAGAGGACCGUGAGGCAGAGGAACAAGCCAGAAGGUUCAUUGAGCUUCUUGAAAACGAUUGGAAUAACUGUUUUUCCGGUCUGUCCCUCAGCGCUGUCCCUCAGUGUGAUGAAGUUGAUGUGACUUCACUAACUGAGGAUUUGAUUAAACUUCAGAAGUUUCUCAAGGUUGCAGAGGACACAGCAAAGAGAGAAUUGCUCGAGAGCCCCACCAACGCUGUCUGGAAAAAGCUCAAUGAAACUCUUCUUGCCGAAAUAGCUCUCUUCAACAGAAAAAGGACAGGAGAGGUUGCGAAAAUGCUGUUGGAAACAUACACAAACAGAAAGAAAUCUCCAGCCAGUGCAGACAUUUUCAAUAGCCUCUCAAGGCUGGAGCAGGAGCUUGGUGACGACAAACUAACCAGGGUGGAAAUUGAAGGCAAAAAUGGUAGAACAAUGCCGGUCCUACUAACGGCGAGGAUGAUCUCAUCUCUUGAGAUCCUAAUUGCAAACAGAGACAAAGUUGGUGUGUCAAAGGACAACCCUUAUGUCUUCGCACGGAGCCCAGAUGCAGCAAGCUACGUCAGAGGGUCUGACUGUCUGAGGAAAUUUGCUCAUGAGUGUGAUGCCAUGAAUCCUGAAAGUCUGAUCCAUGCGACAGUGAGGAAAGAGGUUGCUAUCCAUUGCCAAAUACUAAACUUGAAUGAAAGUGAAUUGGAUCAGGUGGCAAAGUUAUUGGGACAUGACACCCAGGUCCACAAAGAGUACUACAGGCUCUCUGAAAACGCAGGACAUCUAGCAGAAAUCAGCAAAUUGCUGCUUGCAAUGGAUCAGGUUCCAGUGGUAAUUCCAGGGCCAUCUGAGGAAAGGAUUGUUUCACCUACAUAUGGGGCAUAUUCUGAAGGGACAUAUUCAGCGGGAAACGAUUCUGCGAGGGCGUAUCCUACUGGCACAUAUACCACUGGGUCAUCUUAUCCUACAGCGACAUAUUCAGCGAAGUCAUAUACAUUGGGGGCACAGCCUUCAAGGUCAUAUCAUGCUGGGACAUAUCCUGAGAAGUCAUAUCCUUCAGGAUCACAUUCUGCAAGGUCAUAUCAUGCUGUGACAGAUUCUGCAAGGGUUUAUCCUACUGGGAUAAAUCCUGCUAGAUCAUAUUCUACUGUGACACAUCCUGCAGAGACCUAUCCAGCAGCUUCGUAUGCUGCAGGGACACAUCUUGCAAGUUCAUAUCCUGCAAGUCCUUAUGACCUAUCAUCUCCUGCAAGAUCAUAUGCUUCGGGGACAAAUCCUGCAAAAUCAUAUCCUGAAGAGACAUAUCCUAUGGGGACAUAUCGUGCAGGGACACAUCUUGCGGGGUCACAACUUGCAAGGUCAUAUUCUGCCGGAACAUAUCCUGCACAGACACUUCCAGCGCGUACAGUUAUUACCCCAACACUUAAUGCACAGACACUUCCUGUUGGGGCAGUGCCUGCGGUUGCAGUUCCUUUGGGUGCAGUUCCUGUGGGGACAGGUUCUGUGGGGACAGAUAAGGUGGCCACAGUGUGGAAACAGAGGAUGUGGAGUGAUGCAGCUAAGGCUGCGGUGAACCGUCAGAUGGGACACUUUAUCUCAAUGAUGGAGGUUCCAGGUAAACGGGACUGUGAAGUUUGCCUGCACAAUGAACCAGCUCUAAGAGACAGGACAUGGAGGGACAUCAAAAACUAUGUGCACAACACAGUAAAAUCUAUAAAACGGAAGAAUGGCCUUACAAGAUUGGACCCCACAAAACAGACAAAGAAAGGAGCAGCAAGGAAACAAAAAGAGGCAAAGCGUGCUAAAGAAUGGGUUGGUGGAACAAUGACAGUACCUGCACAGGGUCAAGAGGACAGACUUGAGGCAGGUCCUGUGGCAACACCAAGGAAACAGAAGAUAUGGAGUAAUGAGGCUCAGGCUGCGGUCAGGCGGCAGCUAGGAGACUUCACUAAACUGAUGAAGAUUCCAGGUAAAAAGGAAUGUGAUGCAUGUCUUGCAGCUGAACCAGCUCUACAAGGCAGGACAUGGAAAGAUGUAAAAAACUAUGUGCGUAAUACAUUAAUGACAAUGUGCCGGAGGCAUAUUUCAGGCAAACAAAACAUGGACCAUGAAAAACCAAGUCCAAGGACACCGAAACCAGGGGUCCAACAAAAUUCAGGGGUGCAUCAGAAACCAGGGACGCUGUUGGGACUUCCAGAAGAUCCUCCUGUUUAUCUGUAUUUAUGAUUACCUGUUUAUCUGUAUUUAUGAUUACCUUGAACUAGUUUUAAAAGCUUUUGAUUUAAUCUGACAUCCUUGCUCAUUCUUAUCUCACUUUGUAACAUAAAGCAAGAAUGUAGAAUCAUUUUAAGGAUAUAAUAUCACUAUGUACUUUAUUCUACAAAUGUAUCCAUAGCAACUAGACUACAUAGUGACGUAGUAUGCAUAUACACUUGUUUAGCUGACUUUUACGUACAUUUUCUCAGCUUCUUUUUAACUGCAAAAUUUAUUUUGGCAUGAUAUGUUCUGACGCCCAAAUUCAAAAUCCUUUGGCAUGAGCUACACCAACGAUGUAUGUAAACCCUGGAUUGCUGAUGCUAUGUAUUGUCCUUUAAGAGGCUUUGAAGACACUGGUUGGCCUUGUUGGCACUCCCCACUAGGAGUAGUCCUCCAUAGGAAUGACUGGAAUUCUACCGUAUUUUAAAUAAAUGUUUCAAGGAUUUUGUUGUUGUAGUGAGGACAGUAACAUUAGUACUCUAAAAUACUUUAAGGAACUUUUGUGUAUUUUUGCCUGUACCAUUGUAUGUGUAGCUAAUGUAUAUGUGUAGGUUAGGUUUUGAGUGAAAACAACUGUUCAGCAAACUGAGGAUUUAGUGGGUUAGGCUAUUCCUGGUAGAAGUGCGGUGUGAAUGGGUUAAAGUACUACAUUUGCGCCCAGGUUAGAGAGUAUAGUUUGAUGGUUGAGCCGCUUGAAAUCCACCAAUCACGUAAAGAAAAAUGUUUCUGUUCUAGAAUUAUACUGAACGAAAAUUAUAGGGCGCAAAUAGAAGAUGCCAGGAAUUUUCCAUAAGCACAAAAACCUUAUUUCUCUCAUGUUGGGCACAAAUUACUUCACAGCCCUGUUAGUAAGCAUUUCUCCUUUACAUUACAACUUACAGUAAGGAGUGUAUACAUUUUAAUAUUUGUUCGUACUGGUCCCAAGUGGGAAUCGAACCCACAACCCUGGCAUUGCAAGUGCCAUGCUCUACCAACUGAGCCACACAGGACCUCCUUUACCAAGAUAACCCAUCCACCUGACAGGUGUGCCUCUCCCAGACUCCAAAGUACUUUGGCGUGACCCUGGACAACAAACACCCUGCCGUUGUCUGCAAAUAUCAAAGCAGUGACCCGCUCCUGCAGGUUCAUGCUCUACAACAUUGUACAUUACGACCCUAUCUAACACAGGAAGUGGCGCAGGUCCUAACCCAGGCACUUGUACUCUCCCGUCUGGACAACUGUAACUCGCUGUUGGCUGGGCUCCCCACUUAACCCAUCAAGCCCCUGCAACUUAUCCAGAACGCUGCAGCCCGUCUGGUUUUCAACCUUCCCAAGUUUUCUCAUGUCACCCCACUCCUCCACACAUUCCGCUGGCUUCCAGUCAAAGCUCUCAUCCACUACAAGACCAUGGUGCUUACCUACGGAACAGCAAGAAAAACUGCCCCUCUCUACCGUCAGGCUAUGCUCAAACCCUACACCCCAAGCCGAGCACUGCAUUCUGUCACCUUAGGUGCCACCCCAGUUUACAAUUGGCUCGUUCAUCCCCCUCCUCUCCCCUGUAACUAUUCCCCAGGUCGUUGCUGUAAAUGAGAACGUGUUCUCAGUCAACUUACCUGGUAAAAUAACGGAAAAAGAAAAGGUCUCUUGGGGCUCCCAGCUCUGCCCAAUCCAAAUUCUUCUCUGUCCUGGCACCCCAAGCUAGGACAGCAGGGUCGUCCCCUCCCCACUUUCUAUGCCUGUGAUGUGGUUGUCCCACCUCGUGCAUUCAUCUUAUGAUGGCUAACUAUGUCAUUCUGGAUAAGAGUGUCUGCUAAAUUACUAAGAUGUAAACAGCAUGAUCAUUACUCAGGUGCACCUUGUACUGGGAAAAUUAAAAGGCCACUCAAUAAUGUGCAGUUUUGUCACAACACGAUGCUACAGAUGUCUCAUGUUUUGAGGGAGUGUGGAAUUGGCAUGCUGACUGCAGGAAUGUCCACCAGAGCAUUUAAUGUUAAUUUCUCUACCAUAAGCCACCUCCAACGUUGUUUUAGAGAAUUUGGCAGUACAUCCAACUGGCCUCAGAACCGCAGACCACGUGUAACCACGCCAGCCCAGGACCUCCGCAUCCAGCUUCUUCACCUGCGGAAUUGUCUGAGACAUGAAACUGAGGAGUAUUUCUCUCUGUAAUAAAGCCCUUUUGUGGGGAAAAACUAAUUCUGAGAAAGAAAAAAAUGAUUCCCUCCCAUGCCCACCCAUGGCUGUGCCCCUGCCCAGUCAUGUGAUAUCCAUAGAUUUAUUUGCUUAUGAAUUGUAACUGAGUAAAAUUAUUCACAUUUUUGCAUGUUGCAUUUAUAUUUUUGUUCGAUAUAGAAUCUUCACAUGACUACACAAAGAUCAGCUCCAUUAAAUGUUUUAUUUUAAUGGAUUAUAAAUACAUACAUACAUGCAAGUAACUGAAAUGUGUUUGGAAACAGUUCCUUCGUGAUGUUGUGGCCUGCUGGAGGUCAUUUUGCAGGGCUCUGGCAGUGUACCUCCUGGCACAAAGGCGGAGGUAGCGGUCCUGCUGCUGGGUUGUUGCCCUCUUACGGCCUCCUCCACGUCUCCUGAUGUACUGGCCUGUCUCCUGGUAGCGCCUCCAUGCUCUGGACACUACGCUGACAGACACAGCAAACCUUUUUGCCACAGCUCGCAUUGAUGUGCCAUCCUGGAUGAGCUGCACUACCUGAGCCACUUGUGUGGGUUGUAGACUCCGUCUCAUGCUACCACUAGAGUGAGAGCACCGCCAGCAUUCAAAAGUGACCAAAACAUCAGCCAGGAAGCAUAGGAACUGAGAAGUGGUCUGUGGUCACCACCUGCAGAAUCACUCCUUUUUUGGGGGUGUCUUGCUAAUUGCCUAUAAUUUCCACCUUUUGUCUAUUCCAUUUGCACAACAGCAUGUGAAAUUUAUUGUCAAUCAGUGUUGCUUCCUAAUUGGACAGUUUGAUUUCACAGAAGUGUGAUUGACUUGGAGUUACAUUGUGUUGUUUAAGUGUUCCCUUUAUUUUUUUGAGCAGUGUAUAUUUAAUCCACUUGCCUCCUAGAUAAUGUUAUUAUUGCAAGUCAAUCUUUGUUGAUUCUAAUUGCUAUAAGGUUCAAGGAGGAAUUAUGUAAAAACAUUUGUUUGUUUAUAUUUAUCAGUUUGUGUUAUAACUGCAACAGAUCUGCUACGGUGUUAGGUGUUAACUGAGAAAAAUUAUCAGGGGUUUCAACCACACCCCACUAUUUACUGUCUAAAGAUGUUUAAGUAGUUUUUUUUCACCAACAUGUAUUUGUAAUCAAGCUGCCUUUCGUUACCCCCUGGUGCUCAUUGUGUGUACUCUAGAUACUAUAUUUGCUUCGUUAAUAAAUUGUUACUUGAUGUAAA